AUGCCAUUCCAAAUUAAUUCUACUGACUCCGAGGAAUUCGAAUGUGAACCUCCAAACAAUUUCUCAUGUGGCGAUGGCAAGUGCAUUCCUCCAAAAUGGGUGUGUGACCACCGACAUGACUGUGAUAACAAACUAGACGAAGAAAACUGUCCAUCAACAUGCAAAGAUGACGAAUUUUACUGUGGAGACGACCAGUGUAUCUCAAAUAGAUGGGUGUGCGACAAUGAAAUUGACUGUCGCAGCCGAUUGGAUGAAUUAUCUUGUGACGAUGGAGUUGUGUCUGACUGCGAUGAAGAUGAGAUGAAUUGCGGUAAUGGCGACUGCAUCAAACUUGGAUGGAAAUGUGACGGCGAAGAAGAUUGUUCGAACGGAGAAGAUGAACGAGAAUGCGAUGUUGUUGCUGCUACCCACUGCAAACCUAAGGAGUUCCGAUGCAACAAUGGCGACUGUAUUCCGGUCCGCUGGCGAUGCGAUGACAGCAUUGAUUGUGGUGAUGGUUCCGAUGAACACCGUUGCGGUGUACCGGACGUGAAUAUAACAACAAAUGAUACCACAUUGGUGGGCCAGGUGAACACGACUCCUUUCAAUCCUCCCACUGCUACUCCUUCCACUACUACUACUACCACUACCGCUCCUACUACCACCACGAAAACGUUUGCAACUACUACUACUCCUUCUCCUCCUCCCCCUCCUACUAUUACUACUACUACUACAACAACAACUACAAUGACCUCUACCAUUCCUCUCACUACCACUCCUACUACAACACAAGCCCCAACAAUCACAAAAAUUCCAUUCACGACAAAAACGACACCACCGCCUCCACCAUCACCGACCGCGACAAUUGCGACGCCCAACAUAAAGACUGAAACUACAGAUGAGCUUACCACAUUCCAAGAGAUGACAACACCGCUGCUGACUACCCCAGUUUCAAGAAGACGGAGGCCAAAUUCUCGUCGUAAUAACCGUAAACGAUUGACCACUCCGCCAUCUACAUUCGAUCCGUAUACAUGGGAAGGCAGCGAAGAAAAAGUGGAUAACCGAGAAGAAAAGAAACGAGCAAGGAAAGAAAAGAAGAAACAAGCCGCUGCCGAAAAAGAGGCUAACAAAAAACCAGGAUCAGAUGUCAAUGAAGAGGCGUUCAAUAAAGAACAAAUGGAAGAGGCUCGAACCACGCCAGCUAUCGUUGGUGUGCAAAGCAGUAGCGUGUCCACUAGACAUACACUUGCCGUCAUCCUUGGUAUUUCUGUAGGAUUUCUCGUAAUUACUGUCCUAUUAAGUUUGAUUGGCCAUUGUCUCUACAAACGCAGAAAAAGGAGAGAUGAAUCAGUCACUGAACACUACUUACUUCAGAAUAAAGUAAACUUUAUAAUCAAUAAUAAUAACGCUUUCGCUAUUCUUCUUGGCGCCACAUGGAUUCUUUUUCUUUCUUUCUUUCUUUCUUCGAAUGCUCAUUACUAUCUCUGCUUAAUUUCCCGACACCAAUACUUCGGAUCAGUUUCCAACUGUCCGUUCAAUUUCAUUGAAGCCUCUCUCGACUUCCUUCAUGGACCUAUCACGUUAUUUCGAGAAAUCAAUAUUCUACUAAGACAGAUUUUGUCUGUUUAUUCUUUUUCUCUCUCACACUUCUCUUCCUUUCUUAAACAUAAAACAAACUUUUCCUCCGGUUCUCCUCGACUACUACUUCUCUCUCUCUUCCUUAUCACUUGUCGGUUUUAG